AUGAUGUUCAUCAACGCUUUCGCCGCCGCAAUUACUCUCCUCUCUCCUGCCGUCCUCGCAGCUCCUCAAAUACCCGAGGUGAAACUUAAGAUCAGCCUAUGCAAGGAUGCCGGCAACAUGAAUUGCUUCGAGCCUGUUGCUCGAGUCAACACUUGUGCGAUCCCGAUUGCAGGGAAGCACAAUACUUCACUUAUCGCGGCUCGUCCUACAGCAUAA